AUGAAAGUGAUAUACUGGACACGGUGCCAGAAGGAGUUAGGUGUUGUCGGAGAGGAAGCCAGCAUUAGAAGAGUCUACGGCCGAGGGAGCUGGACACCGCAAGUAUACCAGUGUCCUUUCUGUAAUAGAUCUACUUUCAAGCAGAUGAGUGAUCUGAAGCGCCAUAUUAGGACUCACACAGGGGAAAAACCUUUCAAGUGCCCAUUCUGUGACUACUGCUCUACACAGAGCACUCCGGUCAAGGCUCACAUUCUCAAGAGACACCGAGAUGACAAUGGAAGUGGCAGCGAAGCAACCAGAGUUGCACCAAAUGAACUUCCUGUAGGGUCACUUCAGCUGACUUGCCCCUACUGCUUCCGGGCUACAUUUCGGCAAAGCAGCGAUCUCAAACGUCACAUCAGAACUCAUACUGGCGAGAAGCCCUACAAAUGUGCCUCCUGCAGUUAUAGGUUGGACUGGUUGAUUGGGUACCAUAGUAUUGAGGACAAGCAGAACAUUUGUUAA